AUGGAAUCACUAGCAGAUACGCCUUGGGAUGUAAUAAUCUCUGGCACUGGGCUGGCCCAGUCUCUCCUAGCACUGGCCCUGUCUCGGUCGGGCAAGAACGUCCUGCAUGUUGAUAGAAACCCAUACUAUGGGGGCUCCGAAGCUGCAUUCAGCCUUCAGGAAGCCGAAGAGUGGGCCAACAGAGUCAACAGUGAGACUGGCGACCACCCCUUCGAAGAUGCUAGCAUACGCCUAGGGGAUGGAUCCUCGGAAACCGGCACACAACUGUCCGCUUCUCGAGCAUACACGCUCUCCCUUUCUCCGCAGCUUAUCUACGCCCGCUCCCAGUUGCUACCGACGUUGGUAUCGUCCAAGGUUCACCGGCAGCUGGAGUUUCAAGCUGUCGGUAGCUGGUGGAUUCACAGACACGGGGACGGCAAUGACAAUUGGUUAUAUCGUGUCCCUGGCAGUCGUGAGGACAUCUUUGCAGAUGACAUGAUCAGCGUCAAGUCCAAACGGACUUUGAUGAGGUUCAUUCGUCAUAUUGGUCCAUCCCAACCAGGUGUUGACGAAGCUGGUGGAGCAGGCUCGUCGCUGGAAGAGGACGUCGGCGAUGCAUCCUUGACCGAGUACCUUACAUCCAAGUUCAAAGUGCCGGAAGAGCUGCAUGCGCCGUUGCUAUCCCUCUGUCUAUCGCAAGCCUCUCCACAACAAACAUCGGCACACUAUGCCGUUGCCCGCAUCAAGCGGCAUCUGGCCUCGCUGGGAGUAUAUGGCUCUGGCUUCGGAAGUCUUGCAGUCAAAUGGGGUGGUGGCUCCGAAAUCGCUCAGGUCGGAUGCCGUGCCCUUGCUGUUGGCGGCGGUGUUUACGUUUUGAACACUGGAAUUGAGGCAUUGGAUUAUCCCGUGGAGCACGCCAUCAGUGAUGACUCUCGGAUUCAGUUGUCGCUGACCAAUGGAGAGUCAAUCAAGACCAAAUUUGUCGUUGGCUCUAAUUGGGAUUUUCCUACAGAAACUCGUCUGUCUUGCGAUUGUGACAAAGUGGCACGGUCUAUCACGGUCGUUUCAUCUGCCCUUGAGAGCCUCUUUCCUGCCACAGCAGAGGGUGGACCGGUGCCUGUGGGGGCUGUUGUCACCUUCCCAGGCGCUUCUCUUGGGGAGCCCGAUGAUUCGCCUCCAGUCUACAUUCUGGUUCACUCUAGCGAGACAGGCGAGUGUCCAACAGGUCAAUGUGUCCUCUAUGGUAGUGUCAGCAGACCUGGAUCGGACGGGCAGGCCUUGAUCGAUACUGCAGUACAGCAGCUUCUUCAAUCAGCCGCUGGUUCUGAUGUAAAGGUUCUCUGGUCACUGCGUUACACCCAGCUGGGUCGAGCCGAGAGUAUCUCUGCUCAGCCAGUCUCCUCUCCUGAGCGCAUCAUCCGGCUUCCGCCUCCAAGCCUUGACUUGGCUUUUGAUGAUGUUUUGAUCGACACGGUCAAGAAUGCUUGGCAGACUAUCAUGGGCGACGAGGCCAACGAUCACGAAUUCAUGACAUUCGAAGACCGUGAGGGAGCUUAUGAGGAAUGAUAUAGCUGUAAAUACACCAUGUAAUACGACACUGACGAUUGACGAAUACAUCAAUGAUGAUAGAACGCCUGAAUGCCGUUUUCCACCAGGUACAAAUCAACUGAAGGUUGAUCCUGAAGUGAC